ACGUCACCGGCACUAAAAUGGCGGCAGUAACGAUCGCUUUGAAUUUUACCUCCCUAGUAUAAAGUUUAAAAUAGCCGCCCAACCACGGAGUAUUAAUUACACCUGAAUAUGUACAAUCGGGAGCCGUAGUAAGUACGUAUCAAUUAUGGACUCUGUUGUGGGGGAAGAUCCGACGCUCCCUCUUGAUUUCAAUGCGAGCACCAAUAUGUCUCGGAUCCCCGAGGUAGAAGCUGUGGACCACAGUGAAUAUUUGAUGGAUCACGUGCCAGUGUCCACACUUCUGGGGGAGAAAAUGUCACCCACCAAAGCUCGGACCAUGAAAGAGUAUGAAAACCAAAUCACUGAUCUGAAGAAAGAAAAUUUCAAUCUUAAGCUUCGCAUCUACUUCAUGGAAGAGCGCAUGCAACAGAAGUUUGAUGAUUCCAGUGAAGAUAUCUACAAGACGAAUAUUGAACUGAAAGUGGAAGUGGAAAGCCUGAAACGUGACCUCCAGGAGAAGCAGGCACUGCUGGUCACUGCAUCGAAAGCUGUGGAAAGCCUGGCUGGGAACGGCAGUGGCGAGAUCCGCCGUGUCAAAGAGCUGGCAGUGAAGGAGGUGGAGCAGCUAAAGGAUUUCUUUGGCAAGAAGAUUGAACGCCUGGAAGAGGAGCUUAAAGCCGCCCAAGAUGAGGUUGAAAAAAUGGCUGCCAUCGCUGAACAAGAGAAAGUCCAGAACAUGGAUAUGGAGAAACGCUUAUUGGCCUUUAGCAUUUCAGCUCCUUUGGGAUCUCUCCCAAGUCAGGAUAUGCAAAAGCGCUUGGAGGAAAAAGAAAGGGUUAUUGAACAGUUAAGCAUUUCCCUGCAAAAUAAGGAUGCCGUUAUCGAGCAGCUCCAAAGCAACAGAACUCCUUUGCAGGACAGCUGUGACACCUCAGCCGUUGAGAAAAUGGAGAAUGAUCUUUCUGCUGCUCUGCGUAAAAAGGAUGAGGAAUUGGAGGCGCUAAGAAAUGAACUUGGGAAGGGGAAGGUCAGAUUGGAAAAAGAGAUGGAGAGCUUCGUUGAGAGACAGAAUGAAGUGGCAAAAUUGCUAGAAGUCACUCAGCAACUGACAGAAGAACUGAGCGGAGCCAGGGGAAUCAUCCACAGCCAGAAGAAGAGACUGGAAGAAGUGGACGAGGAAACUAAGGCUCUCAGUGGCAGACUUGAAGAGCAGGAAAAUAAUCUGGCCUCGGAGAGAAAAAACACCCUGAAACGAGAUAAAACCAUCCAAGGCCUUAGUCUCGCCCUGAAAGAGAAGGAUAAGGAGAUUGAAGAGCUUUACCACCAAAUUGAGGACCGAGAUGAGGCCUUAGCAAAGGCGCGAGAGGCAGCACGUAAGGCACAAAUGCAAAAAUACCAGGGAGUCGAGGAGCAUCAGAACCUGCUGACGGAGAAGGAGGCGGAGCUGGUGGAGCUCCUGGCGGAGCACCACGCCAAGGUGGCCGAGAACCAGAAGCUGCAGAGAGCCCUGGGCCGACGGGAGCAGGAGCUUAGUGACCUCCAGCAGGCAAAAGAGCAACUGGAGGGGGAGCUGGAGGACCUGCAGCAGCAGAAGAACAAGGGGGACAAGGCCAUUAAUGAUUUGCAGAACCAGCUGAAGAAGCUGAAGGGGGAGGUGGCUGAGAAGGAGCGGGCCUUGGAUCAGCAGUACCAGGCGCUCUUGAGCGAGAGCAAGCAGAAAGCCCAAAGUCUCGAACUCACCAUCAAGCGCCUCACCAGCAGCCUCAGUGAAAAAGAUCAGCUGCUACAGGAGUACAUGAACAUGACAAAGGACUCAGAUGAGGACAGAAGCCGUAGUCCUGAUGGGAGAGAUGCCAUGCUGGCAAAAUUAAGAGAGAGGCUAAAAGAAAAGGAAAAGGCACUUGAGGAAGCUAUAGAUGAGAAAUUUGCUGCCAUAGAUGAAAAAGACAAUGAGGUCCGUCAGCUCCACCUGUCUCUGCGCGAAAAGGAAAGAGACCUAGAGAGGCUCAGCAACCUGCUUUCUCACAACGAAGAAACUAUCAAUAGUCUCGAUAGCAUAAUCAAAGAAAAAGAUGGAGAGCUGCAGCACUUGGCAAACACCCUUAAAAACCAUCAACGGGUGAAGCAGGAGCUGGAGGAGAACUGGGCUCGUGCACUGAGAGAGAAAGAUGCCAUAAUCUCCCAGCUGCAGCAGUCCCUAGCGAGCAAGACCAAAGAUCUGGAGGAAAUGGCUGAAACUCUUCUAAGCCAAACCCGCAGCAAUGCCAGGGACCUGGCAGAGCAGUUGACCCAACGUCUGAAAGUGACUGAGGCCAUGCUGGCCGAGGCGAUUAAAGACAAGGAGCGGCUGGUGUCCGAGAAUAAAAAUGUAGUGGAAGAGCUUUUGGCCACCAUCGGCAGCAAAGAUCAGCUGUUUAAAGAGUCUGCCGAACAUUAUAACCGCUCCCUGUCUGAACGCAAUCUGGAGAUACAGGAACUGAGGCGGCAGCUUUCGGAAGAGAAACACAAGCUGUCGAACGCUGAAAAGCAGAGUUCAGCAGUGACACAUGAGACCUACUUGGAGAUGGCUGAGCUCAAGGUCCAGUUGACCGAAAAGGAUACAAUUAUAAAUAAACUGGUAGAGAGCGGACAGGAGAGAGAUAAAUUCUUGGCUCAGCUAAAACUGAAGGAGACCUCUGGACCUCAAGUCCUAGAGCUCAAGCAGACCAUAGAGGUGUUACAGGAACGGUUGGAGGAGACAGAGGCUGAGCUCGCAAAGACGAAUGAAGGAAGCACUGGAAAAAUCCCUGUUAUUAAAAAGACCGCUGUUGCCUUGAAGAAGGAACUGGCCCAGAAAACAGAGACCCUAAACAAAGCUUUAAAGAAGGAAAAUGACUUAAGGAUCGAACUGGCUGAGCUUCGCUCCACGCUGACUGAUCUGGAGAACCGCAUUGAGGCUCAAGCUGCCCACAUUGAGUCUCUUACCACGACUUUGGAAGUGAAAGACGAAAUCAUUUUGGAUUUGCAUGAAAGGCUGGGCAAGCAGAUGGAGGGCAAAGUUCUGGAGCCCGAGGCUCAGAGAGCAGAUCCCAGGGAGGGCAGACAGAUACCUGGCAUCCCCCAGAGAGAGAGGACCAUCAUUGGAGGAAACAGCCAACAGGAGGCCUUCCCCACCCUGCAGGCUGUGCUCUCUGAACAUGAGGAGCUGAACAAGGCUUUGAAAGCAGAGCAACAACUAUAUUCAAGCCUGGUCAGGUCUGUCAAAGAACCAGACAGCGCCCAGCGCCUCCACAACUUGCAGAUGGAGCUCGCGGCUGUCCAGCUCCUGCGGCAGCAGCUGGAAGAGGGCAUCAGGGGGAACGAGGAGCUCCGGGAGGACCUGGAGAAAGAACUCCAUCAGGCCAAGAGAGGAGAAGGGACUGAAGGUCCGGCGAUCUUGGUUGAUCCGAAAGAAAUGGAGGCAAUGCGGCACCAGCUGGAGGACGCACAGCGGUGGAACGCUUCGCUCCAGGCGCGCCUGGGAGAAAUCCAGGGCCGAGGAGGAGGAGUGGGAGGCACGAAUGACACUGCUGACACCAUCAGCUUCAUUGGUGACCAGACUUCCUACAUGAGCAUAUGUGUGGGAGAGGGAGAGGAGUUUGACAAUCUCUCGAUGCCAGAACUGAGGAGGAAGGUCAGCAAGCUCUUUAAUUACAUUAAAGAACUGCAAGCAAUUAAUGCUGAGCUUCAGAAGAGAACCUCGUUAGCUGAGAAUCCUGCCAUGGCCAGCACUGAGAAGGGCAAACAAGACAUCUUGACCUUAUCUUCAGAGAACAAGCAACUGGAAAAGAAGCUGGAGGAAGCUGUGAAAACCAAUAAGGAUCUUCAUGAUCAGUUGAACAGGGAGAGUCAGAGAGCUGCUCAGAAAAAGGGUAAAUGUCAGUUAAGACAUCAAAGCGUACAAGUUUCGCCAGAGAAGGAGGAAUCUUUCCCAGUGGACAACAGGACUGAACAAGAAGGAUGUUCUCGUAAAUGUGAGAACAGUGAAACAGCAGCUCACUCAACUGUCAAUGGGAGUGAAAAGUCUGAGUUAGUACUGGAAGGUUCAAAUGCACUUGAAUCCAUAUCCCAGACCCAGGCAAAUGGAAAUACAGACAACCUUGUGUCUGAUGGCAAGCAACAGGAUCAGGAAAGAGAAAUGGCAUUACUAAGAUCACUGUUGAGAGAAAGCAGGACAUCUUCAGUUCUUCAGCUAAGAGAUGAACUCCUAGGACUGCGGGCAGAGAAUGCUAACCUUAGAGGACUCCUUAAGGAAGAAAAGUCUGCAGAAUCCAAAGAAAGCAGUGACGGGGCAGGAGAUGGUGAGACCAUAAAAGACCUGCAGAAAGUAAUUGAAAGAUUAAGAGCUGAAGUGAAGAGUUCUCGAAAGAUCAUUAAGCUCCUGAAGGAACAGCUAGAGCUCAAUUCAUCCAUGGAUGGCGAAACCAGCUUCAAUCCUGAACUCAUCGUGAGCAUGGCUAGAGAGAUUGAGCGCCUGAAAACUGAGUACGAAGCUUCUAAGAAGAGAGCAGAGGACCUAGAGACGACUCUAGCCGAGCUCGAGGCUCAGCAACAGAAAGCCUCAGAGCAAAAUGAGAACCACUCUGGCCUAACAAAUAUGUCAGCCGGCACAUUUCCAAACCAGUCAACAAUUAGACGAGCUAGACAUGCAGCAUCAGGGUCCAAGAUUGGUUCAAAAUCACGCCUACCAGUUCCCAUCAAGCCAUCAAAGUCAACUGUGAAUAGCAAAAUUACCCACCCACAAAUGGACUCUUCUCUUCUGGAGGAGAAAAGCCAGGUUUGCAAACAAACAGAUCAACAUCCGAUUACCUCAGAUUCCCCCAGGUCCACCCCAGCAGAUCAGAAUGCUGACAGAACCACAGAGAAACAGGAUGAAGACUUGUUACAGCAGAUAGCAAAACUUCAGGAUGAACUUCAGGAGAAAAAACAACUAAUAACAGAACUUGAGCAAAAGCUACAAUCUGCAAAACCUACCACCUUGACCAGCCCGGGCAUACAUGGGAACCUCCGGGAAGUAGCUCAGCUGCAGAAUGUACUUCGGGAGAAGGAUAAACUUAACAAAGACCUGGAAGAAAAACUACACCAGGCGGAAGAGACCAUCCUGUCUCUAAAUACUUACAUGUCCAAUGAUGUACCUGUAGGCAACCAUAACACUGAUGUGAAGCUUCAUCAUCUAAUUUAUGAGCUUCAGACAGCCCUGCAAGAAAAAGACCAACUGAACAAACAGCUUAAAGAGUGCCUGCACGCUGCAGAGUCUACCAUAACUUCUCUCACAGCCACUGACUCAGAAGGCAAAGCGAGAGAUGUGGAGUUUCACCAGCAGCUGGAGGAACUUCAGAAAGAUCUUCAAGUAAAGGAGCAACAGCUUCAGCAGUACUUAUGCUCUCCAGACUCUAACGUAGCGUCUCACACCGAAACCAGCUUGGGUGACAAAAGCAGGGACAAAGGAAUGCCUGAUGCUAAACUUCACAAACAGGUAGAAGAGCUUCAGCUUCAUGACAAAGAACUACUGAAUAAAAGCCUUGAGGAGCCCCUGUGUACUGUGGAGUCUACUAUAGUGACCUUCACCACAACUAACUUGGAUGACAGAGCCAAGGAAAUUGGGGUGCCUGAUGCUCAACUUCAGCAGCAAGUCGUAAGGCUUCAAGAAAUGCUUCAAGAAAAGAAUAAACAAUAUGAGCAGCUCCAGGAAAAUAUGCACCUAUUGGCAUCAUCUAGUAGUUCAGCUACUCAUCAGAAUGACAGUGAGGACCUUCACAAGCGUAUCAGUGAUCUCCAGAAAACUAUUUGGGAGAAGGAUCAGGCUAACUCAGAGUUACAGGAAAGAUUGUGCGCCAUGGAGCUGGCCUUUGGACAAUGGAAUGCUGAUAGAACCAUAGCAGGUGAAAACCUUGGAACGGACCUCCACACACAAGUGGGGCAUCUUCAAAAUGCCCUUGAGGAGCAGAAGCAGCUUAACAAGGAACUGAAGGAGCAGUGGAGCGCAGCAGAGUCAAACAUGGUGCCGGCUGAUAAGCAUGCAAGUGUCCAAAGGCAAGCAGACAAGCUUCAGAAGACCCUGAAAGAACAACUACAGGCUCAGAAAGCACUGGAGGAGAAGUUAAAAACUGCAGAGACGACCAUUUCUCGGCUCAGAACAAAAUCUAAAGCACGAGGUGCAUCUCAUCAUGCCGGGUCUUCUUUGGAACAGGAUGACAAAGAGAUUCAGGUGGACUUGCAGGACUUCGGUUACGAAACAAGUGGAAAGAGUGAGAACGAAGUGGAUAGGGAAGAAAACGGUAGUCCAGACCAUGAUAAUCAGCUCAAGCAGCAUGCCAGCGAAUCCAGUAUCCCAUCCUUGGUCAAGCAGAUUCAUGGAAAUUUCUUCUCCAUGGAAAACCUAGAGACUAACUCUACCACCUCCUAUCCAAGCUCCCCCACUCUGAGCUCUCCAAAAGCAAGCAUGAAGAGCCUGCACAUAUACGAUGACUAUGGCCUAACAGAUGAUGCAGAACAGCUGAGGCAGCAGGUUAUGGAGCUGAAGGUACAGCUGGAAAAUUACCAGAAGGUGGUUCAUCACCUGCAGAGCCUUCUCCGUAGGAACUCCCUGUCUAGUGAUCUCCUGACUGUUGGCUCUGACUCACACCACACCAUCACCAGAGAGCUUCAGGAAGCACAGGACGGGGAUCACGAAGAAUUGCAGAAGGAUAGCCAACAGUUGUCUUCUGGAGUCUUCAGCAGAGAAAACAGCCAAAAUCAGAGCUUCCCUUUGAGCCAGGAUGAGGAGGAAAAGCAGAUGUUAAAAGACCAGAUAACCAACCUCAACAUUGAGCUGGAUAAAGAGAAGAUGUUCAACAAGAACCUAGCAGACCAGCUUCAGCAGAUUCAGUUAAGGACCAGAGCAGCAUCUCCUGGCAGGUUUGACUCGCUGGUCCAAUCACAGGCGAGAGAACUGUCGCACCUGCGGCAGCAGAUCAAAGAGAGCCGUAGCCUGGGAGCCCUACAGCGCCACCAGCUGCAGGACCUCGGCAAGGCCUUCGAGGAGCUGCUGCAGGCCAGCGAGGUGGACUACUACGUGGGUGAAGUUUUCCGCGAGCAGCUGGAUAAAAGCCUGACUGUGCUGGAAAAGCUGGAGGACAGGCUGGAAAAUGGAGAUGCAUAUGGAGAUAACGAAGAGGGUGCUCUCCUGGAACUUGCUCAAAGGCAGUCCCUCUCUUUGUUGCUGGCUAGUCCUGAUAGCCUACAGCGUGAGAUAACUUACCUCCAAAAACAGCUAAAGAGCGAGAGGCAGGAGCUGCAGAAGCAGUUGAAAGUUCUUGCGCGUCAGAAUCAGAACUUAGCUGAUGCCACAAAAGAGCAGCUUGAUCUACUGACAAGGGAGGUGCAGGACAAGAACCUGACGAUUCAGCGGCUUCAGCAGCAGAUCAGAAGCCAGUCGCUGGAACUGAGCAGCAGCCACCCCAGCUCCGAUUCCGACGCCUCCGACCGGAUCUCCCCGAGGACCCGGAAUUCACGCGAGCGUCUGCGACCCGAACACAAGUGCAGCCAAACAUCGAAAGAAUCUUUCGGUCCACCUGACAGAGUUCAGAAGGUCUUCAGCCCUCGGGCCUCAAACACCGACAUUUCAGCUGAAAUAAAAGUGCCUAAUGGAGUACACACAGAAGAAGCUACAUAUCCACCCAGUGGCUUAGUUAGGAAGUCUUCUGUUGCAGGGGAUGACGUUGGAAAGCAGAGCUUCUCUCAGCCUGUUCUCAACCCUGAGGAGCCUGAGAUCCAGACUGACAGUGCCCUAGCGCAAAGCAAACACCUCCAGGAGCUGCAAAGGGAGAACAUCCUGCUGCUGGAUAAGCUGAAAAGCAGCGAGCAGCUGAACGAUACCCUGCGCAGCGAGCUGGACCUUCAUCGCUCCAUCCUGGCCGAUAGAGAGGAAGCUGGGAGAGAGAGAGAGCUUUCUCCCACAGCCCUGGACAAGACGGCAACAUCUCACCUGGAAAAGGAAUCACGGCCAGAAGGAAAAAAUGAGGCACCGGGUCUGAUGAAUGCAGAUCUCCUAGCUGAGCACCUUCAGGAAAUCCGGAGUUUGCGACGGCGUCUGGAGGAGUCCAUCAAAACCAACGAUCGCUUGAGAGAGCAGCUGGAGAGAAAACUGGCCGAGGUGGAAAGAGACCCAGCCUCUACAAACAUUUUCAUCCAUGGGACAGAAGAACAAGGCCAGUUGGAGAAGGAGAUCCGCUUCUUGUGGGGGCAGAACCAGGCUCUGAAGGAGCAGCUGAAUCUCGGGUCCCGAGAUAAGCAGAAGGAAAACGAAAAGCUGAGAGAGUCCCUUGCCAAGAGAAAUGCCAAGCUGGAAUACCUGCGGAACGAGUACGAGCUGAUGCAGAAGGACAACAGCAGCCUGCGGAGCCGGCUCGUCCACACGGUGGAGGAGAACAACCGCUUCAAGGACACGCUCCUCUUAAACCGAGAUAAGAUCAACGGGUUGCAGUGUGAAGUGAAUGCACUGCAGCAGCAGCUCGCCGAUAGCCAGCACCUCUUAAAAUCCCUGCAUGUGGAGCUACAGGUCUAUGAGCAGCUUAAGGCAGACCGUGACAAAAACACAGUUUCAGAUGCAGCUGUGGGCCAAACCCCAGACACACCUGUCCACAGUCCGGGGCCCCUGGACCUGAGUGAGCUCCUGUCUGAAAUUCGCCAUCUGAGAAUCCAACUGGAGAGGAGCAUCCAGACUAACAACGCCCUGCGCCAGAAAUUGGAGGAGCAGCUUCUGAGGGGGCCAAGCAAAGCAGAAGGAUCGCCGUCAACCAUCAAUAUCAAUUACCUCCUGUCGGGAGAGCACAGGCACUCAACACUCAGCAACAGUGGAGAUAAUGCUGCAAAAUCGCCAACAAAUGACAAUUGUGAACAUUUCCCACAUCCGUCUUUCCACGGGUCAGCAAAAUCGGGCCGAACUCCAACGGGCAAGGACGUUUCCAAUGUCUUGCAGGAGAUCAACAAGCGCAUGAAAAGCGACCUGGACUGUGCUUCCCAGUGUAGCAGCAGCUCUGCAGACAGUGCGUCUCCCACCCCCUCUCGACUGGUCCCAGGCCACCGCCUGUGGGCCAACAAGAACGGCCGCCACGUACUGGGCCUCAUAGAGGACUACAAUGCUCUGCGAAAGCAGAUUUCAGAGGGGAAGAUGCUGACCCACGGAAUGGACAAGCACCUGCAGGAGUGCUUCCACGCUCUUUCUCAGCAAGCCUCGGAAUCGAAGGUACUGGAUCAACGGUUUUUAAAAGGCUUCUCAACCAACGUCAACACAAUGCAGCAGAUUCUAGAGGAAGCCAGUCGUUUACUAAAGCUUUUAUGGAGAAUUUCCCUUCCUACAAAUACACCUGUCAACAGCAGUCAGAGCCAUCAGGGUGAAAUGUUGAAGAACGAAAUCACAAGACUGAGGAGCAAGUUAUCGCAACAAGAGAGACUGCUUACAGGCACUGUUAAACGUCUGCACACCACCAACCAGCUGAAAGAGGGAAUGGAGAAAGUCAUCAUCAGUCAAUUGUCUCUGACCCAUGGUGUACUGAAGAAAGCUAGAGGCAACUUAGAGAUUCAUCCCAUGGAGGAAGUCCCAGUCCAUGGGAACUAAACCAGAGGACAAACACAGACAUGUUCCAGUGUUUCUACAGACACAAUGAAGCAUCGGACGAGCAGCACAGUGAAAUUUCUUCACUUUGUAGCUAUUAAAAGCUUUGUCCAAUGUAAUUCAUCCAAAAACUUGCAUCUCUGCAAUUUUAUUUUAUUAUACCCUUUUAUCAUUUUUACGGUACGCUUUAUAAGAUUUCUUUGGGAGAUUGCACUAUUUCCUAGGUUUGUGAUAACCUGUCAAGCGAAAUUUUAGUCACACAAUACUGUAUAGAAAAUGUACAUAUUGCAGUUGUUUUAAAUUUCUUAGGCUGGAAAAAAAAAGUAUAGUUUUAAGUGUUCGGCUAACGUUUUUAUAGAAAGAAACUUUGCACUGCCUUGUUUUUAUCAUGAAGCUGUUGAAUUUCAGAAAUGAAAAUAUUUGAAUUGUUACUUAAAAAGCAUACCUCUUUAUUGUUAAUGUUUAAUGUUGAUUUGUGUAUCUAGAACUGUUAAAGAGCUGUUGAAAAGUAUGAAAAAUGUGUACACAGAGACAUUAAACAAAAGCACAGCUUGAAACAUG